UUUCGUCUUGUCUUUGUCCCAAUGCUGGGUCUGCCCACCCCCACACCUAGCUGAAAACCAUCCGUAUUCUUGCAGAGAAUGAAGCUUCGGUCAACAACCGUCUUACUCCGGGAGCCCGCUAAGUCGCCAGCCCAAAAUAUAACCCGGGAAAUGUCCAAUGGGAUCCACAGAAGCCAUCAUUCUGGGAUCCAAGUAAUGACUAAACAGGGCAUCCCAGAUGAUUUCUAGUUUAUAGGAACACAGCGUUAGCAUCACAACACCCGAGAAUCUUGUCACUGACUUAUCGAGAAGGGGAAUAGCGAUGCCAGCAAGGACUAGCACAGAUCGCCAAGCACUCCGUGCGUGAGAGACGCACAAACACUACGGUGAAUGUGGCCGCGAGCCCGGGUUUUUUGUUGACAGCCGGUGACGUCUCCCUUCCCCGAGACACCAUCCCCGUGAGACUUGCUCUAUGGGUGUCAACACGUUAAAGGAUGAGAUCCCGGGGGACAAACCAUGCAUCUGUCACAGCGCUCGUAUUCACGGGUCCCAAACACGGCGAUAAUGUAGCGGGUGAGGGAGAUCAAAGUGCCAGCCUGCCGUGUGUGGACCGUGAUGCCUCGGUAGACACCAAGGGUGGGUUUUGCGUGGACCGAUGGCGUCCAUCCACUGCGUCUGACGGCCCUCCGCGACCAUCGGCGGCGACGGUCUACCUACGGCCUCCGUGACUAUUGUUGGAGUGGACAGACCUCCGCGGGUGCGUGUGCUGGUGUCACGGGCCCCACUCGGGCGAGCGCGGACGGGACGGAUGCCUGAGUCUGGCCAGUGAAUCGCAAACGGCCGCCGCGGACGCCCCCUCAGCCUGGCGUCCACGCCCCUGGUCUCAGGCUGGUCACACCCCUAGGGCACAGCUCCUUACCAUCCGGUGGGACCGGUGGUCCGGCCACGCGGAGGAAAUCCUACCAGCGCAUCCCAGGAGCUGUAUGAGAAUCACGCGAAGCCAUGUUACGCACACAGCAGGUGCUCAAUCGGUGCACAGUCCUGGCUGCCAGGCCCUAAACGUCCGGCUUGCAAGGGCCGCGUGAAUGGAGAAACGGGGAGACUUGGAAAACAAGAGACAGCACGCACAAAUGUGUUUGACCUUUCCCUCCGGGGCCGCCUGCGGAUUCAAAGCACGGCUUCCCCGUCCUUUUUGCAACCCUUCUGGAAGGGCCUCCAAGGCCUCCGUCCAGCCCUUCGGUGACGCUCACACUAUUUUGAGCUCAAAAGCCGCAUUGAUUACAUUGGCUUCCCAAGCCCUUCCCCUCCCCGACUUGGCCGCGAAGGAAGCUGAGGUCUUUCCAGAGCUCCUGGCCUCCGCCUGGAAGGCACCGCGGGCGCGUGGGGACUCCCAGCCGGGCUGGCUCGCCUUGAAAGACGCCCCUGCUGGGCCCAGAAAGGGGAGUCGUAGGCCUGCCAGAGAGCCAGGCGUGGGCGAGUGCCCGCGGGGGACAGAUGGCCAACGGUUCCUAAGAGGCGUGCACAGAGGGUCAGCCCCGCCGCCCCUGAUGACAGGAAUGGGAUUUUGUGCCCCCCGGGUGCUGGCCGGCUCUGGGGGCCACGGGCAUGGCGCAGACAGCCCGCCCGCCUUCGCCGCCCCAUGGCCCCCUGCAGGCCAGGAUCCACGGCACAUUCAGACCCACCCCAAGCCUGCAGCUUUGGCCAGCGACACUCAGACUGGCUCUGGUCCUGGGCCAGCACCUCCGAGCUCCGCACGACCUUUCUGCCCGCCCGCAGUUUCUAGAGGCAUCUGCAAUGCAGCCCGCUUUCGAGAGGCACGUCUGGGGCGUGGGGCUCGCCCCGCCGAGAAACAACAGGAUGUUGCCACGGCCGACGGGUCUCGGGAGCGAGUGCCCGGCAGGCAGUGUCUGUCUUUUUUCUCUUUCUUUAACCGGAAAGUGGGUUCGGAAGGCAUUCUGUCCCUCCCUACCCACCCCUGCCCCACCAACGUCGCUCACUUCUCUUUAACGUUACAAUGUUCACUCGUGCCAAAGCGUGCCGUUUAUCAGGCAGGUGCCGUGGACACACACGGUCUGGUGCAUCGGGCAUUAGGACCUGUCCCUGACCCCCUGCGUCCUUCCUCAGCAAAGCCAAGUGCCCCACAGGCAAGGACCCCCCACCCACACCCCCGGCCACCUGUGGGGCCGUCUGUUCCUCUCCUGUGUAAUUAGGACCUUCAGGGAGUUCACUCUUCUGGGAUGCAGAACCAGCCUCUUUGCAGAGGCUCUGGGCCCUGGGAGUUCUGCUUCCCUAUCGGAUGUUUCCAAGCAGACCGAAUUCACUUAUUUCUACUAAUUAUUCUCAGAAAAAAAAAGCUGGGGAUCACAGGAGCCCCUCUUUGCCCCAUUCGGAGACCCCCCACUUUGGGGAGGAGGCAGGGGAGAUACGAAGGGGCUGCUGGGAACAGUUGUCCAACGAUACAGGAUGCGACGUCCAAUCCACUCAGCAUUGGACACAUGUUCUCAGUUUCCAGGACACAGAGUAUGUUGCAUGAACACGUAGGGUAUGGACUGGGUAAGGAUAAAGUACGCAAUAUACAGAAUGCACAAACAACGUUACAACAUUCUUCCAAAAUCAGCAAUUUCCUUGCACCAGGAGCACGACCGACAGCUUCCAAGAUAGGGGCACGCUCCGGAAUUCGGUCUUUCAAUUUGCGGGCUGCUUCUCCAUAUUAAUGAACAAACAGAACCACAGGUGGGUUUUGUUGUGGUGGUGCUUUCCACCAAAACAAGUGUGUGCACUACCGAGAAAUAUAUCGUAAGUAGACGGGGCGCCUGGGAGGCUCGGUCGGUUGA